UUCAGAAAUAGAGUAAAACUAAUCAUGCAUCUAGAAGGAAGUAAAAUACUUUUUCCAUCUAAUAAGCUAAUUCAUUCUAAGUAAUAUCAAGAUGUGGACUUGCACUCAAAUAUUUGUUUUUAUUUUCUUGUGUUUUUGCACGAUCAAACAUUCUGAUGCCUAUACCAGAUGCACUGUACCAGAUACCACGAAAGCAGCUUAUGGGCAAAGUUGCAGCUAUAAUUCGGAUUGUUUGACAGACUAUUGCAAUAGUUCAAAGAAAUGCACUUGUUACCUUUACUCAUUUGUAGAUCUAGUUAGUGGAUUUUGUGUUGAAGGAACCGGGAACAUCUAUACCCUUUAUACAUACUGUGGUUACCUGGCCAGCCCAAGCAGCAUAAGUACAGGGAAUCUGGCCACUUGGACAAUCAUCGGAGCGUCUGUAACAUACAUCACUAUUGUCGUUCUAGACAUAGACAUGAAUCCAACAAUUUGUUCUACAAACUAUUUGGAAAUCCUGGAUGGAUCUACAUAUUUACUUAACAAAACAUGCGAUGCAUCAAAUUCCACUCUGAGAUUCCAUGCUUCCAAAUCGAAUUCUCUGAAAGUAUCAUACAGAAAACCUGCGAGUGCUUACCGAGGAUUUAGAGCUAUAUACUAUACAAGAAGCAGGUCAUCAGAGUUAUCAGAAUCGAUUGGUUAUAUAGUAAGCCCAGGCUAUCCUAUUUCUUAUAAUGAACAAGUGAACUACACAUGGCUUAUCUCCAACUCGCCAGGGCGUAUAAUAAAUACAACAUUUUUAGUCGAUACUGAGUCAUGCUGUGAUUACGUAAGAGUGUAUGACGGUAGAGAUGUGUACUCAUCAUCACUGGCGAAUUUUUCUGGUUCACUGUCUCUGAGGUCUGUUCGAUCGUCAGCCAAUUAUAUGUUGAUACAGUUUACAUCCAACAGUAAUAUAAGUCGAACAGGAUUCAUAGCCACGUUCGAGGUGUUCGUUCUCUAUGGCUACACAUGUAGCAGCUUAUAUAAAUGUCUUCCGGGUUUGGUUUGCACUGGAAACGUUUGUGAUUGUUUGUCAUCCCAGUUUUACGAUACAUCAACAAAUACUUGCAGAAUGAGACUCGGACAUGGCAACAUUUGUACCACAGCCGACGUGUGUACAUCAGAACUGACGUGUUCAUUUGGCCACUGUUCAUGUCCAUCAACACUUUUGUAUAAUCCUUCUAACGGACUUUGCGAAUCUCGAGUAACUUACGGCUCAUCCUGCCCAUUUUCAGAAGAAUGUCUUGAAGGUUUAGUUUGUCGUGAUUCUAAAUGUCGUUGCUUAACGAGUCAGUAUUACAAUAGUAGCACUAGAGUUUGUAAAAGUGGGUUAGGUUUUGGAAAGAAUUGCACAAAUUCCUACUGUGUAGAUGAUUUAGAUUGCAACUCAGGAGUUUGCAGCUGUUCAAGUUCUCAAUAUUACGAUCAAUCUCUUCGAAUUUGCAAACCCAGAAUAACUUAUGGAAAUAAUUGCAAUAGCACAGGGCAUUGUGCUCCUGGCCUCUCCUGUCUACAAUCACGAUGUGGCUGUUUGACAAGUCAUUAUUAUGACCUAAGUAAUUCAAUAUGCAGACUUAGACUUGCAUACGGAAAUACUUGUACGAGUACUGGCCAGUGUCAACAACAUUUAGAAUGUACUGCGAAUUCGUGUCGAUGUUCUGCCAAUAGUUAUUACAACAAUACAACAUGUCUAGCUAAACUUGCUCAUGGCGUGUCGUGUUCCUCUUCUGGAGAAUGUUUAACUCCUUUUGUGUGUACAUCUGAGAGAACCUUUACCAAGACAUGUCUCUGCCCUAGCGACACGUACUUUAAUGCGUCUCAUUGUCUGCCUAACGGCACUGUGCAGGCUGCAGUUUCCAGUGACUCCCAGGUCAAAACAGAUUCAAUACUUCUAAAAUGGACCACGCAAACAUGGAAGUCUAAUUUAUUGUUCACUGUUGAAUGGGGACAAAUGUAUGUUUUGACAAAUGCAAGUGAACUCUACAUAGAUGGUCUGUCACCUGGACGAGUCUACAAUUUUACUAUCACCACAAACAUACCAGGAGAUGAUUAUUACAAUAAUAAAUCUGUACAGUCUAAAUUAGCUAUAGUAACAAAACAAGCUCCAGGCAAUACCUGCAGUAGCUUUUACAAAUGUUCUGACGAGUCAAGUUGUGUCAAUGGAGUCUGUGUUUGUUUGGGCCACUAUUAUCUAAACACUUUGUCUAAGUCUUGCGAACCAAGACUGACCAAAGGCUACGAAUGCACUCAAACUGAUGAAUGUAAAGAAACAAUGACAUGCAUACGCCGAAGAUGUGGUUGUCAGUCUGGAUAUUAUUAUAACACUACCAAACAAGGCUGUUACAGUGCCCUCAAGAGAGGACAACUGUGUGAUCCUUCAACUGAGAAAAUGUGUGAGUUUCCGGACCUUAUCUGUGCACGGGAAAGUACUUCCACAGCAAGUUACACUUGUCAACAAAAUCAGAAUACGAAUGAUCCAGAUUUUCAGGAGAAUACAAGUGAAGACAACUCAAACACAGGGAUCAUAGCUGUAGCUGUUGUUGGUUGGGUUGCUGCCCCUGCAGCUGUUAUCAUAGUGUUUGUUAUAUGCUCAAGGAAUCGAAAGAAAUCUCUAUCUAAAGGUAUCCUGGAGACACAAUCAGUUCAAGGCACAAUUGCAUCUAAAUCAUCCCCUAAAACAGAAGAUCUACAAUCAACCACUAACUUGAGCCCGCCUGAAAUAGCAGACAUGCUAUCAAAAGUGUGUGCUUUGGACGGGCAGAACAUGAAGCCGAAUAUAUUUACUAAGCCUUUAACAUCUGCCAACACUGAUCUUCCUAUCGGAAAGUCCACGUCUGCAUCUGGUCACAACAAAAUGUACACUUAUGACUCACCUGAUAGUCUGGAGCACACCUAUGACGUAAUUAACACUGUACAGUUUCUAGUGGACACAAACGAUGACGCUUACGAGAAAGUAAUUCAGAAUGUUCGAACCCCGCAAGAAAAUGACUACGACAAUUCAAAUAUUUGAAAUUUAAGACUUUAUGUUAACUUAAAGGAAUUAUGCGUUUCUAGAUUAUAUUUAGUGCAGGUCUUGGCUAAGACUUUUUUUGUAAAGGAUCCUAAACUCUUCAAGCUUUAGUAAAAAUUAUAAAUGCGCAAAAUAAUAUUUAGUAAUCUAAAAAGUUUCUCAUAUUUGUGAAGAAAGUGAGUACUGUUAAAUAUCUCUCCUUUCCGUUUUUUUUAAAUGUUAUAUGCAUGAUUUGUUAAAGUUUAACAUAUUUUUGAAACAUAAAGGCUAAGAUCUUAGAAGAGCGGGGGCAGUAUAAGCUUGCCAUUACUUCGGCCAUACGUUUAGAUGUUAUGACUCCAUAGUUUCCAUAUGUAUAUAAUAUUUAAUAUCUUUUUGUAUAAUGGUACAGCUAAACGUAUAAGCCAAUAAGUACAUGUACACAUAAAUGUAAAUAAUGUGUGUAUUACUUCAUAGUUAAAGUCAUGAAAUGAAAACACAUUAAUAUUUCCCAUAUUUAAUCAGUUUUCAAUACAUUUGAGAUGCUUGUAAUCACUUCAACAUGUACCAGACAUACUGCAUCAAUUUUCGUUUCAUAAGUAGAGGUUUGUUAUCGUUUCACUGUGCAAUAUAAUAACUAAACAUAAUUGUACAAGAUUAUAAAUUAAUAUUAUAUUAACUACUUAUCCUUAGUUGAUAAACUAUUUCACUAUUACAGUAAAAACUUCUCUUUAGUUGAAAAAACUACUUCAGUAUUACUGUCCAAAUUCAGGAAUGGUUGCUUGAAGAAAUAUAUUGUUUGUUUCUAAAGACUGUGUACAUCGUGGGAACAUAUUUAUUGACACACAGUAGUUCUCAUUAUUUUAUAGUUGUACAUACCCUAUUAGUUGCUGUUUUAAUCUUAUUAAGUGCCAACAAUUAUAAUGUAACGAAGUUAAACAUCCAGCCAAAUUUAUCAACUUAUUGUAUAACUCUUUUGAUACCAAUGUUCUAAGUACAAUAAACUUAUUUUUGAAAAUUUA